UUUGUUCUGAUCGUAGCUUUAAACCAAAAACUCAUCCAGGCUCAGGGAAACAGAUGUACAUUUAAAUAAACUUGUUGAUGAAGUGCAACACAUGAUCCAUCACUGAAAACCAAUUAUUUUAGAUGGAAAAAACAUGCCAUGCAAUUAGCAUUAAAUUAGGUUAUCAGCUAUCUUCCAUCAUCCUAUUGAUUUUUUUUUUCGACAUGAUUAGACAUGAUCUAAUAUUAGACAUUUGUACGUUUCUUUUGGGUGCAAUACACAAUAGCGAUCAAUGGCUUCGGAAUGGAUUGUCUUAAAUCUAAACCCAGUGUUAUUUUGAGAGCUAUUACAGUCUAGGGCGGGGCUUUGGUGCUUUACUUUUUUUGUUUUGUUCAGUUUUUUUUUUCCUCCCCUCUCCCUGAAAGCUUGUCGGAUGCUUGUCAGUUCGCAUUUAGCUUACCAUUAUCAAGGCUCAAAGCCUUUAGGACGACGGACUGCGAUUUAUAGGGAAUUUUUGGAUAACGGUCCUGUUGAAUUGGGAUCUUAACUAUACGGAGAUAAGGAAUAUGUGAUUGAAGCAUUUGGAAAGCAGCUGAGGAUGUUCGUGCUUCCUAAAGAAUGUGCAUGACUGAUCUUCCACAUGAGGACACUUGAUUAAUAAAAACAUAUGGUGACCAGUAUGAAGCAAACACUCAGCUUGUAAGAUGAUUCAUGGGAUAAAAAACUCCAGACAUAUUCCAGACAAAAGCAACCCUGUCAAGACAGAAUUACCAACAAUGACACUUUUGACAAAGAGGACUUUUACCCAGACCGAAUGACUACAGGCCAGACAGACUUAAUAGGAUCUAUUAAUUUGGACAACAGAUAGCAGCAAAGUGGAAUAUUCAAGACUUGAAAUGGAGGUGGAACGGCUGGACCUUGUAGAGGAAGAGUCCUUCUCAAAGGGUGGCCAAGACAACCCUGAUGGCAGGAAGAGCAGAGGUCACACUUGCGAACUCUGUGGAAGAAGUUUUCCUUUCCUCAGCUCCUUGUCCCAGCACAUGAGAAAACACACUGGGGAGAAACCAUACAAGUGUCCUCACUGUGAGCACCGCUCAGCCCAGAAGGGUAGCUUAAAGGCCCACAUUCGCAGCCACAAACUGGACGGCCUCAGCCAGGGCAACGGCGGUGAGGAGGAAGAUGUGGAUGAGGAAGGGGAAAAGGAAGGAGGGGUGCCAGAAGAUCAAGGUGGUUGCUCCAGUCCGACUGAGAGUACCUCUGCCUGCAACAAGGUUGUGAGCGGUGAGGAGUCGACCAAAACGAGGAAGAAAGGUGGAAAGAAGGAAAGAACCUCUAGUGAGAAUUGCAAACAGUCAGUGCAGUGCUCUCUGUGCAAGAAAAGAUUGUCCAGUCAGGAAGAGCUUGAACAGCAUAAGCAGGAGCUUCACAAGUUCUUCCGAUGUGAACUGUGCCCUUAUGAAACUUUGCAGGAGGACCAACUGCAGGCUCAUGUUGAGAAGGUACAUCCUAUCGAGGAGGAAUCAAUCACCAAAGAAGUCUCUAUCAGUGAGGAAGCUGAUGGUAAAGGCGAGUUCCCAUGUGAACAAUGUGACCAGGUGUUCACACAAGCCUGGUUUCUGAAAACCCACAGGAAAAAGCAUCAGAACAGUCUGGAUCAUGGGUGCCGGAUCUGCGGACGCCGCUUUCGUGAGCCCUGGUUUCUACGUAGCCACAUGAAGACCCACAACACCAAGGUAAAACCAAAGAGUGACACCUACCUUCCGGCUACUGUCAAUGAGGUGGCGCAGGACGAGUCCAACUUGGUGAACGAAGUGUGUCUGUAUGAACUCUGUGCCAAGUGUGGUAACUUCUUCCACAACCGCAAGAGCUUGCAGUUGCACGAACAGGUCCACAGAAAUGUUAAGCAGCCUCCUAAAAAUACCUUCUGCAGUGAUAAGGACUUCACAUCUGUCACCAAGACAAGCUUCUUGGAAUGCCUAAACUUGAAACCAGCAGGAAAUGAAGAGAACCCCGCUGAGGGAACUCUAGGGAAAAGAAUCCCGGAGCUUGAUCCAGUAAGCAGCUACCAGUCUUGGCAACUGGCCACCAGAGGCAAAGUGGUGGAGGUAUCGGAGAAGAGCCUGGGUUGGGAAGAGAGGUUAGCCGAUGCAGAUGUAGCAUACGACAGGGAAAAGGGCGAGUAUGUCUUGCUCAGACAGGACAAGCGGAAGAAGUCACUUGAUGCAAUGGCGAGUAUCCCAACCAAGAAACGGAGAGGGGCUGGGACCCAAAGCUCCAAUACAGAUCACCACAGCACUGAAGAAAGGAACGGCCAAGUCUCGACUGGUGAGCGAAGCCCAGAGAAUCUGAGUGACACGGAGUACCGCCCUACUUCUCGCCCUAGCCGUAAGAAUUCCCAGAAAACCUCAGAGUGCUUGGAGUGCGGAAAGGGCUUCCGCACACAGCAACAGAUGGUGAUCCACAUGCUCAUCAGACAUGGUGGCUUGGGUGAAACCAUUGGUGGAAAUGGACUGUUCUGUAAAGCCGAGUCAAGCCCAUCUAAAGCAGGCGAAUCAGCAGGACUCUUCAGGGAUCAAAAACAAGCAGGGUUCUUUGGGGACACAGAUAAAAAGCCAUACACCUGUGAGCACUGUGACUUUUGCACCUCAGAGCCCUCGGCCAUCGCUACCCAUGCCCAAACGCAUCAUUUGGCAAUCAGGGACUGGGGCCAGAGGAGUGAUGCCUUAACCAGCUCACUCAGCCAAAGCCAACCUCACCAAACCAACCACUCGGGCUUCCCAAGGCUGAGAAAUGCCCUGCUGCAGCAGCCCUAUUGGCCCUACACUAGCUCAACUCACCUGGAGAGGGCAGCACUGAGCGAUGCCGCGUCAAAGAAUGAGGAAAACAACAAGGGGUUGAAAGAAAGUAGCACCACGGAUAAAGCAGAUGCUAAUCUGCUUAAUCUCUCCAUGGAGGUGGAUGACGAAAAAGAAGAGAUUUCUUCCAUGUUAGUGAAAAGUUUGGUUCGACACCAGUGUCCUUAUUGCUCCUAUGCAACAUUCUAUCCAGAAGUUCUCUGGAUCCACCAACGAAUUGCACAUAAAGUUGACAGCACUACGUUGGUGCCUAAGUGGGCCCCGAGAAACGGCCUCAAGGGGCCUAAAUCACUUCUCGAUUUCAAGAGACGCACUGGUCCACCUCCGUUUCUGGAGGGUAAGGACUGCCCCUCUCUGCCGCAGAUGAGAACUUCCCGAACGAGUCCACCUGACUGCAGCCCUGGAGGGAUGAAGAAAUCAAAACCUCCGUCAAGUAGCGUAGAGUCCAGCUCCUCGCAAAGCAAGAGCUGGCACACAGCCACAGCGCCAGGGGCAUCAUCUCACUCGUCCAAACACAAGACCAGCAAGUCCAGGACAGAUGAGUUGGCAGGCAGUAAACACAAAGCAGGCGUCCAUCAAAGCAGUUCCUCGCGGCCUAAGGCAAGUCCUCAGAAGACUGGAAACCCAAAGACAGGAAGCAGAGUGAUGGAGAGUAGUCUGCUACCUCAAGAGGGACUUCAUUUUAUGCUCUCUAGUAAACACAAACUCUCAGAUCAGAGGAGCUCCAAAGCCCAUGCUCCUCAGACCCCCGGCAGGUCUGAUUCUCAAGCUCAGGAUACACCGUCCAUUGCUGGGUACGACCCCUGGAGCAGACUUGGCUUGAGUGGCCCGUCCUCUCACUCCCAGACCAAGAGACAGUCGAUGACCAGUGGUCCAGAACCUGUGACAGACAUCCUGAGUUUCUUGAAGAACUGCAGUCCUCAUGAUUUAGCUGCUCUCUACCACCACUGGGGCUUCAACAGCACCAUGGCAGAGCAAGCAGGGUUGGCGAGGUCAGGGUCUCAGCAGGGGGAGUAUGUGUGUCCAGUGUGCAGGAAGAGCUUCAACCAGCCCAGCCAUUACCGCACACAUAUGAGAUCACACACAGUGAUGUUUGAGUCCAAUGGACUCAUGGGAACUGGAGUCCAUCCUCUACAGAAGCCCCCAAACAAGUGAGCGACCUUUCCAGUGCCGAUACUGUCCUUACAGCGCCUCGCAGAAAGGUAACCUGAAGACCCAUGUCCAGACUGUGCACCGUCUAACCUUCGACAACACGCAGUACCCGGACAGGAGACUCCACCAAGCCCCUACCAAUGAACCCACGGACCCUUCCGGAUCUCACUGAGCAUGCCUACCUCCUCAUGACCAGCUCAAAUGAGGGCUGAAAUCUAUAAAAGGUCCAUCAAAAAUACUUUGAUGCACAAAUACGGCAUUAGAGGAAGACUUAACGUAACGUACGGCAUUGGAUUUGUUCGUGUUUUUUAGUGUAGUUGGACUUUCCAUGUUUCCUUUUUAUUUUCUCCUUACACAAAGCUCUAGAUUGAACUAAAAUGGGGGACACAAGUUUACACCUCCUAUAUCCAGAGACUUACGAAACACUUGAGGGCUAAAGCCUUGACAACACGAGGUCAGAGCUGAUGGAGUAGGACAGUGAGCUGCGUUCUCAAACCCAAGGACUUCAGCUGAUCCCCUAAACUUGAAAUGCUGCCUCCGAGUUCCGCGAUUGACUAGUUGUUAAAAACAAAAUAGCCUUAGUGUGCAACGAGUGUAGUUUGUGUGUGUGUGCGUGUGUGCAAUUGUUUUUUCCACAUUCUACUUCUCAGGACUUGAGUUAGACGCAAUUCCAAAGCCUGCAUUUGUUCACACAAGUUUGUAACUGCACGCAAAGGAGACAUGCAGUGAAAUUCAUUACUUAGUUUUGUUUAUUAUAAGCAUAUAUAUUUGGUUGAGUGUGUUUUGUCACUGGUUGGGCAACACUUGGCACUAUCAUCAAAAUAUGUCCUGAACACCUUUUGUAUUGUGUUAAACUUGGAAUUGAAAGUAUUUAUGUAAGCGCAGCUGUAAUGUUACUUAGGUUUCCUUUUUCGUCGAGUGUCAUAUUCAUAACCAUCUCUAUGAAGAUUUUAAGGUAAAGACACAUGCCAUAUUUUGCAUUAGUGUCAUCUGAUUGGUCCAACAAAGUUAGAAAUAUUAUUUGUGUCUGUGCUUACUUUUUUGAUGUAGCCUACACAAGUUUUUUGUUUCUUUUUUUUUUUUUUUAUCAAACAUGUUUGCCUCAGUGGAUUCUGAAUAAUAAUAUCCACCCCAAAAAGAAGAAAACUUAAUUCAAUGGCGCAUCAGGUCUCAAAGCCAUGUUAAAAUCCUCGAGUGUUUGAUGAAGGAUCUAUUUUCAUCUUAAGUUGCUUGGAGUUGCAAGUUGUCUGUGUAAUCAUUUAAAUUAUUGCAUAAUAGAGAGACUAGUAAUUAGCGCAAGACUAGAUUGGGGGGAUUUAGUGUGUUUUAUAAUGUUACUUAUAAAGCUUUAGAAUGCCAUAUUUUUUAGAGGUUGAAAACUUAAAAGCAAAGAAAUUCUUGGCCAUAUAUUUCUAUGAAUGUUGUAUAUGGUAAUUAGGGUAUUUAUGGAUAUAGUCCUGAACAGCUGUGUACCUUAAAUUGCAUUUAGAUAUGUAAAACAGUCAAAAAUGAACAUUUAUCUAGAGCAUUUAUUUUGCCUAAAUCCUUGUGUUGGAAACUAAGCCAAGAAAACUGAUCCUACAUUGCGAAUUUUGUUUUAGAAGAACCUCCAGUGUGAAUUUGUUAUGAUGCUCAGCGGUCAAACUGAAACAUGUUGCAGGUUCUAAGCAGCAGCAGUGACCCAGGAACUGAGAGUUAUUGCAAACGUGGUCCUAUCACUGCUGCCCUUGAGCAAGGCACUUAACCCUUGGUCGCUCUAUAGGGACUCCGUGUUCCUGCAAUUGAAGUCUAGGAAGUUGCAGUUGCAUUGGAUGAAAUGUGACUGCUAUUUGUAAUUUACUAACAGCAAAUCAACUUUUAAAAUUUGUCCUAGGACACAAGAAACAUGAAUAGCUUUUCCUGUUAGCUUUUUAAUGAAUUUAAACCCCUUAAGUACUAGAGCAGAAGACCUAAGAAAACUAAAUACCAUUUUUUUAAUUAAUUUGCAAUUGGAUUGUUUUUUUCUUUCUUUAUGUAACACUAUUAAUUUUGUGGUUUGAAUAGAAGUAGUAGUUGAAUGUAUUUUGUGUGGUUAAAAGUUUUUUCUUCCCUCCACAUAUAUUUUGUUCAUUGAAGUACACAAAACCUGUUGACUGUCAUCCUCAAAUCAUCUCCAACUCAUACAUUGUCCAUUGUUGAAGUUUUGAAUUAAACUUAAAUUAAACUUUACCUUAAAUUAAACUUUA